GCGUUAUUGGAAAAAGAAUCAAAAGAUGUUAUUGGAGUCAAAGACAUCAAGCUCACAGUAAGGCAGACAAGGAGAAAAGAAGGAGACAACGGUUUCUCAAUAAAAGGAACUGUCUAACAAUGGUAGGAUUAUACUAUUUUUCACUUUCAUACUCAAAUGCCUUAGAUCAGAAGAAAGUGCACGCUUGUUAAGAUUUGGAUUCAUUUUUCAAGGGAAGAGAGUGGAUUCAAUACCAAAUGUCUUACAGUAAAGUUACAUGGAAUGUUAGCUGGGUAGGAGGUAGGGUUCAUGACUGGAAAAAUAAACCCCCUGUGAGGAACAAGAUAAAUUUAUUCUCCAGGGCUUGGUUGUUUACAGCCAGUAGGUUAAGAUAAGACAGGGUUAGUGAGAAAUUUGAAUUCAACUGCCUAGCACAUUGAGCACAGUGCUUGUGUACAUUAUGUGUGCUGGCGAAUCUAAUGAUUGUUGUAUCACUAGCAUGUGCAAUCCCAUGAUUACUGUGACAUCAGUAUGACCUUAAACUCAACACCAGUUCUCUGUGGUGUCAUGUUCUAUCCAUUUUAAAGUACACAGAACACAAGCAACCCAAGAAUGUUGAUAGAUUCUGGAAAAACCUCGCUUUACAGUUAAUGAAGUGCCGCUGACCAAUUCCUAUUAUUAUAUAACUAAUCAUUAUUACUUUGUUAACAAAUCUCUGUUCCUUUUUUCCACAAUGGUUUCAAUAUCAAUGUCUCAUAAAAGUACAAAAAUGUUAACUUCCAGGAAAAGAGUUGGGAAGUAAGGAAAGCAUUGGAAAGAGAAGAGUUGAAGAUAUAAAGGAACUGAGAAGUACGAUUGCCCCAGUGGAAGCAAAGGAAGUGGUAGUCUACAAUUCUGGGGAUGAGGACGUAUGCUCUGAUCUUCUUAUGAAAUAAAAGAUCAGUUUGGAGAGGGGCAGGGAAAACACAGGGAAAAUCAACGAAGGGGAAGUCGCCUGCUGGUUCUACUUAAUGGUAAGGCAUGCAGCCAACAAACGUCUGUCAAAGACCUGAUAGAGCCGGCAAAAGAGAAUAUUCCGAAGCCAGGAGCCACGGCUCCAUCAGCUAGUCUGACCCCUCUGAGAUGCUGCAAAACAUCUACUGAUGAUGCAGCCUUAUGUGCACAACAAAAGAGGGGCAAGCUAGCUUUAACUUGAACGCCUCAAACAAGGAUAUAAGGUAAGUUAUCUGUGGGCCCAUCAAGUGAAUGCAGCAACCUCAUGGUGGCUGCUGGGGCACUGUGCUUCUCACUGGUGGAGACCGAAAGUAGUUAAUCUACUAUUAUUGACUUGCCACUGUUUCUCUUUCAGGGAGAAUUAACUGAUUAGGGACAGCAUAGGGAGGUUAAAUGUGUAAGAAACAGCAAUACAGACCUGCCAACCCCUGAUAAAGGAGAAUCUGGAGACCUGUAAAAAAAAAUUGGAUAUUCUACAAAAAGUAAUGAAAUACCGUUGUUCUUGAUCUAGAUUAAAACAGGCACUAGAAUUCCUCAUGGAAUAUCCAUUUUUAUUCAACAAGGUAGCAUUUCAUUUCAGAAAAAUAUUUUCCAAAAAACUGUGAGAUUGAGAGUCUUGUGAGGCCGUGAGAAAAGUAAAAAAAGUCGCGAGAGUCAAGGCAGAAUCGUGAGAGUUGGUAGGUGUGGCAAUAAAAUAAGACAUUUUUUGGUCAAUUAAAGGAUCUUAUAUAGGUACCGUCUAAGUUAUUUGGUUCGUUUAAGUGUUUAGCUGUUUCUUUUACUACAGUUAGUAAAAUCCUAAGUGACUCAACGUUUUGGAAUUGUCCUUUAACGCAAUUAAUUGUAAAAAUGGUUUAUUAUAAGAACAUCCUUGGAAAAAUAGGAAACAAUAAGCCUUAGCAUAAUUUGUUUGGUACAUAGACUGCCUGAUUGGACAUGAAAUUCGAAUACAGUGAGAAAAAUACUGACAUUUAUGGUCUUUCUACAGUCCUAAUUAUGAUAAAAGUAUUAUCUUCCAUUAUGAAUGAGUGCUGACUCCCAUAUUAAAUUAACGGGGAUGCUUGGUUCUCAUUUAAGUGUUGGAUUUACAGGUUUUGAUCCAACCUCAUUCCCAGGUUCUCUUUCCUUUCCAUCGAGAGACCCUGGUUGGGUCUGGUCAUGUAACUCCUAGAGUAUGGGAUGGGUAGAAGAGAACCCUGGGAAUGAUGUUAGUUUUGAUCUCAUUGAGGGUGUUUAGGACAAAUAACCAAUAAUUUUUACCCAUACUGGCACUUCUUGAGAUUGUGGGUAAAGAAAUUAAUGUCCAUAUAAUUUCAUAAGGAUUCAAUUCAACCCUGAAUCAAACCCGCAAUGUUCUCUUUUAGCGAUUUCACUCUAAUUUUUUAAUAUAUGUGAGCAUCUUGUCAUUUUUAUGUGGGAUUUUAAUCCCCCCAUCACUCUGGUUUCUCUUGGCGGCCCGAAAGCCCAGCUAACAUUUUAGGCUGAACGCAAAAUAUUGAAAUUCAAAAUACCAAGUGUAGUGCUAGUAUAGGUCACACAAACCAGUACAUCAAUAACAAAUGUGUUAAUUAUCACUUCAUUCCCAGAAUAAAUAAUGAAUCUUGUACUAAAUUUAAAAUCUGCUGAUGAAAUUCUGUGGUGUGACUAUUAAAAUGAAACCUGUUUAGCAUUAUUCUCACCAGGUGCUAUCUGUUUUUUCAGCAUUUUACAAAAUAAAAUUCUUAACACAAAACUUUACCUUACAUGAAAAUUGAUAAAUUACAAGUACAGACUACUUGGAAAUAGCGGAGCUAAUUGAAGCAGGUAGUAUGAUGAUGCGUCACUUACACUUAAACUACAACAUUAAUACAGAGAAAGUUACAUAAAUAAUGGUAAUUGAACUGAGUGGAGUGCAAUUUGGUCUGAAAUCAUACGCGUGAUUUCAAAAUCGAACGAGCGUGCAGCACGAGUUCGAUUUGAAAUCACAAGUAUGAUUUUAGACCAAAAUUGCUCGACACGAAGUUCAAUUACCAAUUUAUUACAUCCAUUUUGAAAUUGCGGAAUUCAGUCAGUACCAAUAUUUUAUUGAUCGAGUAGCCGGUUUGUUAAAAAGCCGAAACAAAAAGACUUUUACAUCUCAUUUUGUAUUCGAAACAGAAAUGAUGCGAUAUAUAGAACAAAAAUGGUAGGAUUUAGAACAUGAAUGACGCGAUUUGGAACAGAUGCGAUUUAGAGCAAAAAAUGGUGCGAUUUAGGAAUAAAUCACACUGCUGAGAGCCAAUCAGAUGGCACGGAUAGCCAGUGAUUUCAAAGUGGAUGUAAUAAUAAUAAAUAUGGUAUUACAGAUUGGAUAGAAUAAUUAGAAGUCAAGCUUAUAAAAAUUGGGAGCUGAACACUUCAGCAGGGGAUAAUUAAAAAGCUAAGAACAUUGCGUUUCAGGAGCUUAAUUUAAGCAAACCAGCAUGAGAUGAGAGAAAAAAAUUUGGUCAUCCCUGUUUUACUAUGGUCUAUUUUAUAAAUAAACUUUUUUAUAGUCCCUACUAGUAGCAGAAAAGGUAGUACAUUGUUUUUUGUUUUUCAAAUACCCUCUCAAUGCAGUUUAUCUAGAGAAUGAAUGGUUUACUCAUGCACGAAUUCACCUGUCAAAAUUUCGAGCAAUGUGCGAAGAGAUUUACAUCACGAUGUCAAAAUUUCGAGCAAUGUGCGAAGAGAUUUACAUCACAAUGUCACGCUGUACUAAAGUUGAUUAAAUUCACUGACUUUUCGCCUCCACGAAAAUAUAUAGCGAGUAUUAACUAAAUCCCGUGCAACGAGCAUCCACUCAUAGAGAUUACAAUUUUGAGAUUGACCCUAACGGUGGCAAAAAGUAAGAAGUCUGAGAAAACUGUUUCCUUCACGUGUUUCUUUGUUUUCCUCAAACCUCAGUCGAUAUGCUGUAAAAAUAAAGAACAGUACAGCAGGAUGGCUACCCUGCAAUCAGUGGUUUCUCCAGGCUGGACGCAUUAGAAGGGCAGAAUGUUAUUUUCCAUUACACGACUUACUUCGGUCGAUGACAGAGUUGAUUAACAAGACAAGUCAGACAAAAACAAUGCAAAAAUUUAGACCACGAAAUGAUUUAGACUUACUAAAGCAACUUUGCUCCAGCAAAGUCUUAGUGUGUUCAGUGCUAUUGAACACCUUAUCUUCAUUGUGCAUUUAAGUAUUUAUUAACUAUUUAGUCAUACCAAAAGAGCGUUUUUUUUACGUUUUGCCAGUGUAACAAGCAAGUGUUUUAGUUAACAUUGACCUUUUGUUAAACCAAACAAAAAUGGAUGUUUAAGGACGUUUGCAGAUAAACUACUGCCCACAGCCCUUUUGAAUGGUUUCCUUUUUUACAGGUUCACACAAGUGAAAAUUCAGAUCUGAAAGAACACUGUAGCGUGUACGCAUUAAGUAGCCAAACACAAACAGAAUUCAAACAGCAGUGUAAUCAUCGCCAUGAUGAGAGGUGUGAGGAAUGUAAAGCCGUAGAAUCAACACAGGCAGGUAUUGAGCGACUGAUGUAAGAUGCAUUUCACCCCAGUGAGGAUGACUGUGAUGAAGCGCUCUAUCCAAUUCGGACAGCACAACAUGCCAUUCAUACCUGGAAUUACCACCAGUUAAGGGCUGUUCGACAGGACCAAGGCAGGUCGGAUGAGUACACUGUACUAAUUGUAAAUAACUGGGCCAUUAAAUUCCUUUGUCACAUGCAUUGUGAAUCGUAAACCAGAUUGGAUGCAACGAGGAAAAUUUCAUGGCACAUUUCUGUUGUCUAUUGCAGUUUCCUUUGUGAGCUACAAUCGCAAGCAUUAAUUCACCACAUACAGUGCUGCAAACAAGACGACUCUGCAGUCAUCUUCAUAAUACAGCAUGUACUUUAUUCACUAUCCUCUGAGCACCCUAACAUCACCAAGGCAGUUCUUCACCAAGACAACGCUGACUGCUACCAAUCCUAUGCAACACUUUUCGCCUUUCCUUCCAUAGAGGCUUCAACUGGAAAAGAGUGGCAGGUGUAGAUUUCAAGGAGAGAAGGGAGCAGCUGACAGAAUGACUGCAGCAGCAAAGUCUCACAUUAGGAUAUUCAUAAAUGAGGGCACUGAUGUGACAAAUGCAACGCAAAUGAAAGACGCUGUGCUUUCGCAUGAGGGAGUCAAGAGUGUUCAGAUGGUUUGGAAUCAGCAUAUGUUAGGGUGGCUGGUCACGUGUGAAAGUCCUCGGUUGUCUUUUCGGUGCUACUUAAGUAAUGGCUACAAUCAACCAGGUGAAGAAGCUUCUAAAGAAGGAGCUUUCACCCUUCCAUUCCAAAAUGGAAAAUAUGAUCACAACGUUUAA